UCCUGCAUAGUCACAUAUUAAUGAUGGACCAUUAUUCUAAAGUGUUACCUUCGUGUUUAGAGUUUCGAGGAAAGGAGGUAAAAUUUCAAGAACUGUGUUUAAGUAAUCGAGAUAAUAUCAAAGGAGGUGGAGAGUAGGGAGGGAAGUGAACUUCAUAUAAAGUUGCUUAAGAAUAAAACUGAGGAUCCAGAGACUGUACAUCCUUACACAAAGGCACAAUGUUGACCUACAAGGUGUUAAUAUCUACUGAUAGACAGAGGACUGCUGAGACAAAGAACAGCAUUUACCUGACGCUGCUGGACUCAAAUAAUCAGAGCAGUGAAAGAACCCUGGUGAAAAAAUCCCGCUUUGGUGAUACGGAAAGGGAGAUCUCCUUUGACGUCAGUGCGAAGAAGGACCUUGGAGACAUUGUCCAGGUGAAACUUGAAAAGGAGAAACACUUUGUCAAUUUUCAGUGGUUUUGUAAGCAUAUCAAAGUGAAAACACCCUCAGAAAAGUUCUUUGAGUUCCCCUGUCAUCGCUGGUUAGUAGGCAAAAAUGAAGUGAUUAUUAUCCGAGAAGGCAGCGCUCAAUUGCCUCAGGAUGACACCGAAUUGCUUAAAAAGCAAAGACAAGAGGAACUGAAAUCUAGACGUAAAACAUUCAGAUGGAAUGAGUGGCGCCCAGGCUUUCCUAUGAGCAUAGAUGCCAAAAUGGAUGAACUUCCUAGUGAAGUUAAGUUUGAUAAAGAAAAAUCUUUGGAUUUUGAAUUGAAUUUCAUGAAAGCGAUUGGGGAUUCAUUUCUUGACAAAUUUAAAGGUUUCAUUCAGUCCUGGAAAGACUUGGCAGAUUUUGAAAAGAUAUUGGAAGAUUUUAAAAUCAAGAACACUCUACUAGAGAAUGUGAUGCAAGACUGGAGUAAGGAUUACAUGUUUGGCUAUCAGUUUUUGAAUGGCUGCAAUCCUGUCAUGAUCAGGAAGUGUAUGAAUCUUCCAGACAAUUUUCCAGUCAGACAUGAGAUGGUGGAUGGCUUUCUGAAGAGAGGUGCCACACUACAAGAGGAAAUAAAGGCGGGAAACAUCUACAUAGCGGAUUAUAAAAUACUGGAUGGAGUGCCAGCAUCCAGUACACGGCACUAUUUGACUGCACCCAUCUGCCUGCUGUACAAAAACAGAUUGGACCAAAUUUUGCCACUUGCCAUUCAGCUCAGUCAAAACCCAGGGGAAAAGAGCCCAAUCUUUCUCCCAAGCGAUAAUGAAUAUGAUUGGAUGCUUGCCAAGAUGUGGGUGAAAUCUUCUGACUUCAAUGUACACCAGUUGGUCACACACCUUCUCAAGACACAUCUGAUAUCAGAGGUUUUUGAAAUUGCCAUGUACAGACAGCUCUCUGCAGUCCAUCCCAUACACACGUUACUGAAACCACAUGUUCGUUUCACAAUUGCAAUCAAUGCAGAGGCCCGUGAAAAGCUCGUCAGUGAUGGCGGGGUCUUCAGCAAGAUUAGUAGCAUCGCUGGAGCUGAGAUGGUGAAAGUGAUUAAAAGAGCCAUGAAGACUUUAACCUACGAGUCCCUGUGCUUCCCUGAGGCCAUAAAAGCUCGAGGAAUGGAAGAUAUGCCCAAGUACUUUUAUAGAGAUGAUGGCAUGAAGAUCUGGGAGGCAAUAAACUGUUUUGUUUCUGCUGUGGUCGAGAUCUACUAUGACAGCGAUGAAACGGUUCAAAAAGAUGUGGAGAUUCAAGAAUUUGUUAAGGAUGUUUCCUUUGGCAUGAACAAUUCUGACAAGUUUCCAAAGUCUCUGAAAACGCGAAAGGAGCUAGCUGAGUACCUGACCGUUGUGAUAUUCACAGCUUCAGCACAACAUGCUGCAGUCAACUUUGGACAAUUUGACUGGUAUGGCUGGAUCCCCAACAGUCCUUCCACCAUGCGCAAGCCGCCUCCCGAACAGAAGGGCCAAGUGGAUAUGAAGUAUAUCAUGGAUAGUCUGCCUGACCGUGGAUGUUCCAUCAAGGCUCUAGGAACAGUUUGGGCCCUCAGUCAGUUCCAGAAGAAUGAGCUGUUCUUAGGCACGUAUCCAGAUAUGUGCUUCACGGAGCAACCAGUGAAGGAAGCCAUAAAGACUUUCCGCAAGAAACUGGAUGAGGUGACCAACAUCAUCAAGAGCAGGAAUGAGGAAUUAACAUUGGAUUAUUGUUAUUUGUCCCCAGACCAAAUCCCCAACAGUGUUGCAGUUUGACAAAAUAUUGCCAGGCCUAACCAUAGUGUUUACGGCCUAUGUGUGCUUGACACAGAAAGAGAGAAGCACAGCUCUGCUUAAAAUAUAAAGUAUUGUAAAACACAGAGCAUUCUGACUUUUGAGGCAAUUUUUAGAAAUGAUGUUUGAUUAACGCCUCUUGUAUUUGAUUCUGUUGCUGGGAAGUAAGGGAUAUUACUUUGUAAAGCCAUCUGUACUCGUAUGUAUCUUAUCUGAGGGGUGAUUGUUGGUCUGGCUCAUGUCAGGAAAGCAGAACAGUUUAUUUGGCUAUGCUUUCAAAAAGCACACGUUAUAAUCCAUUUAUUAUUGUAUUUUUCACAUGUUAUAUUCAUAUAUCCAUACUAUGGUAUUCAUUUACUCAUCUUUUGAUUCAUUUAUUUAUAUUCUUUAUUACUCAUGAUAUAUUGUUUGUAAUCUAUUUUAGAUCAUUUUUUUUACCUACAUCUAUAUUGAUUUUGUGCUGAUUAUCUUGUAUGCACAUGUUUUGCUGUUGCUGUGUGACUUACAGUAGAUGCUGUGGAAGGAACAACGUUCCAGUUUCAUUUCUUUUGGUAUGAGGAAGGGUUCUCUAAUAGAGGUCAGCUGAUGAAGAAUUGAAAUAUUUGUUUCAUGAAUGCUGUAAAGGAAUUGUUUUGAGAUUGUGAACAUCUCUGACUGCACUUCAAAUGGUUGCUACGUUUGUCUUUUUUCUUUUCUUUGUUUUUCUUUCUUUUCUUUGUUUCAGUCACUCAGUGUGUAUUUUUUAAUUAUAUUAGAAUCAUGCCUAAUAUUUAUCCAUUUCGUUAUGAAUUCAGUGUGCUUGCAGAGAGACUCCGCCCAUAUGCGUUUCUGAUUGGCUGUGAUUUUUGAUUGAUUUUUGUCGCGUCUGGUUUGGAUCUAUCUAUCUAUCUAUCUACAGAAGGAUAAGAUAACAAGGAUACAGAUUUGAUUUAUAAUAAUGGACUGUUUUUAUUCAACUGGAUGACUGAAAUACAGUGAAAUAAUGUACUAUAAAAAACUAUUUUAGCUUAAUUGUUGGCUAUUUACAGUUGGGUUAUAUAUGGUAAAUUAUUCCAUUAUUGGGAACCAAUUUUUAGUGUUCUCUUUAUUUAUUUUUUCUUUUCGAACCAUAAACUAAAGUUCUCAUGCAGAACGUUUCAGGAACCAGAAAUUGAUAAGUUGCAUGUAGGCCUGUGCCUUCUGUAAAUAGUAAAUAAAUAAAUAAUUUAAUAAUUUGUUGCAAGCAAUUCGUCUUGACUAAUAUUAUUGAAAUAGUUUUGAUAUUAGCAGUUUGCAUUGUUGCCAUUAUAUGUCCAGCAAUCAGUGGGUUAAUGAAGGUUUAACAGAACAGGAACCACG